AUGGUCGAAGUUCUGUCUCCGGGCCUCGCCCAGAACGGGCACUCCAACCCAUCUCACGACGACAACGUCGCGUCUCUGGCUCGCAUGCUCCUCGCCAGCAGCAUUGCCUCUAACCAGGAAGACAAGAUGAUGAGUCGUGAAGAGCGUGUUGCUAUGAUGAAGGAGAUCAGUCAGCACCAGGCUAUCAAGGACGAAUUGAACAAAAAGCGCGGCGGCUGGCGCACUCCCCGCCGAGGCUGGUCCAUCACCGACUCACCAGUCGCGUCUUCGCAGGCAAGCCCUGCGCCCAAUGCCUCCCCUUAUCCUGCUCCUCCCAUGGAGAAGCAACCAUCUUCCUCCAACUCGGGCGCUAUCUCUCCCGUUCCUGAGCAGGGUGAGCUUCCGGCUCAAGAGAUGAGACAUUCGCAACACCCUCCCCAGGUUCGCCGGCCUCCUCUGCCUCCCCCGCGUCGGUCCUACUCGGUCAUGGAGUAUGAGCCGCCACCACGCACCCACCGACCCUCGGCCCGUAUGGAUAUCUUCGACCUUCCUGCCGAGCUUCACUACACGAUCUUCGACUACCUCGACCCUAUUGAUAGCGCCUGUUUGGGCGUUACUAACACCCACUUCUACGAUAUCCACCGUCGCAUGCAUGGCAGUGUCCCCUUGUCAUCUCACCGCACCGGGCCUAACGACCUCGAGUGGGCAUUCUACCUUGCCAGCCGCAAAACAGGGCCUUCCGGCUCGGGCUCUUCUACACCAACAACCGAGACACACGAUCAACCUCACCACCUUGAGGGCAUGCGCCUGAAGGGGCAGGUCUAUUGUCGCAAGUGUGGUCACUAUCGGUGCCAACUCUACCGCCAUCUCCGCGCGUGGAUGGGCCCCGAUAGAGAGUACUGCGAGGUCACCAAGAAAUACGGCCGCAAAGCUCCUGAGGAUGCUCCCGACCACUGCUCCAUCAAGUCGCCCAAACAUCCCCACCGAUGCGGUCGACAUGCCGCCAAACCCCCUCAGUCACCGACCAAAUGA